AUGGAGGACGAGGACGUAGUGCCUGCUCCUCGGUCGCAGUCGCCUAUCUCAGGCACAGGGGAGAAGAAGAAAAAGGAAAAGAAAGAGAAGACUGGCCUCGAGAAAAUGGACCCAGACUCGCUUACUUUGGAAACCCUGACAAGCGUGAUCGAAGACAAGGAAAUAAAACGGGAGGAAAAGAAAGAAAAGAAGAUGAAUAAGGAAAUGAUGUUAGCGAUUCAAGAAGAUGAAGAGGAGAACGACGGUGAAGUGCGCCCGAGGCUAUUCGGUAAGAUUUUUAUGAUUCGUUUUUAUCGUCGUUUGAAUACUACAACCCAGAAAUUUUUACAUUUUCAUCGUCUGCGGGCUCCGCUGGAAAAUGAUAGCAGAAGUACUCGAUGUAGUUUUUGUUCCUCGACUCCACGCUUGAAGAGUAUGUCAAAGAGAUUUGUGUUAAGCAUUGCGUACAAAAUUUUUCCACCUAAGUAGCUGUGCUUAGUAGAGUUAUAAAAUGGAACAAAUGUAAACACUGAGUGGAAUAGUACAUGUAAAAAUACAUGAAGACGAUCAAUCCGAACGAGAUGUUCUUCGAGUAUUACUAACUCGUUGGUGAAAAAUUGUGCCUAGAUAUGGACUGCAAUAUUUCUAGUUCGAUAUGGUUGCUACUUGAGUUGACGAGCAAUCCGUUUGCAUUUUCCUUUCCCUCUCUCUGCAGGUGAUGUCAGUUUCGGCCCAGGGAACGUUCCCGGUUUGAUGCCGAUUGCGAGACCGGGGGGAACAGCGAUUAUACCAGACAUUGAUGACGAGGAUAAAGAGAAAGAGAAAAAGAAGAAGAAAGAUAAAAAGAAAGACAAAAUAAAAUCUUCCGCACCAGAGGGAGAGGGAGAACAUGAUGAACACGCAAAGCACCAUCACGACCAGCUCGAACAAAUACAUUCUGGCGCAGACCACGGGGGAGAAGAUGAGGCAAGUGCGAAGCACCAGGAGCACCAUCACAAGGUAACACCUGAAGGCGAGCAUCACCACGCGAGUGGGAAGCAACAUCACCAGAUAAAGUCUGGGGCGGAAGGGGAGCGGGCUAUAGUUAGUGAAAAUGAUUCUGUUGUACUUGAAGAAGGUGGUGAUGAUGUGACAACUACGAGAAGCCGUUGUAGCAAGGAGAAAACGUCUGGAAAAAGACAACAGCAAAUGAAGGAGGAAGAUUUUAUAGCGGGAAACUUUUUUCGCCAAGACGAGCUACCAGGGACGCAAACGGGUAGUGGCACAACAUCGAGAGACGGCGGCCGCGGCGGCGUAGAUGAUCUUGUUGAAGAUCAAGAUGGCUAUUACACUAAAGACGGAACCUCCGGAAGUCGGCAUAGUCAUUCCUCGGAACAUCAUCUCUCAAUUCACCACUUCGAUUUUUAG